AUGCCUAAACCACUGAACCUUACCUUCGGUAUCGAAUUCGAAUGCAUCGUCUCCUUUGAUCCUACCACAUACAAACCAGCUUUGCACGCCGCUGAAGGCAUCCUUUGGGAAAAGAAAGUUUCAUCGCUUUUGCACGAGGAGAGUAAACUCUGCAUCCUUUUCCGCGAACACCUCGUCCAUUUGCUCAGAGCAAACGGCUUCCCUACUUACAACAUGACAUCUGCCGGAGGCAACCAGAAAUGGACGGUCUCCCACGACACCUCCAUCGACAUCAAGGACGGUCCUCGCUCCAAAGACGGGUUUCUGGAGUGCGACAUUGAGAUCACGUCUCCAGCGAUGCGCUUUUGUCCGAAGGCGCUGCGUCGGGUGCAGCACGUGAUUCGAACACUGACGAAACAUCUCGACGUGUCCGUGAACCCAUCCUGUGGCCUGCACGUCCACGUCGGCAAUCAGACGGCCGGCUUUCCUCUGCAAACGCUCAAGCAUUUCUGUAUCCUGACGGCUCUGUUCGAGUCUCAGCUCAACAGCCUUCAUCCCGCUCACCGAAUCGGCAAUUGCCACGCCAAAGGCCCGUCUGCAGCAUUCACAGGCCACGAUCUGUGGGACACCGUACGAGCGAUCCAAGGCUGCGAGACGGAGGAAGAACUCGUGCUGCUGUAUGCAGAUAAAGAGGACCGUCCAGACAGGUGCUUCGCUUAUAAUCUCUGUCCGAUGGUUUUCGGAUCAAACAAGACGAUUGAAUUUCGACAGCACGAGGGUACUCUCGAGUGGUCGGAGAUCAUGAAUUGGGUUCAGGUGGCGGGCGGUAUGGUCGAUGCAAUGCAUGAUAUCAGCAGCUUCGGCCUGGCGCAGCUCAUCGGUACCUGCGCUUUUGACCCCAGGUUUUCCGUUUCUGAUCUCCUCCGCCGGCUCAAACUGAAAGCUCUGGUCCCGUACUACAGCGGCCAUUUGCAUGUGCAUCAACGCCUUGAGCCAGUUCGGGCGCGCGGUGGGAUUGAAGGGAAUGUGGAGGGUGUGUCCCAAGGACGUCAUGCGGUCGGUAGGUGGGACGAGUUGGAGAGACGGCACAAACUUGAAAAACUUGAAGAGCUGGAGAGACUCCGGGUGCUUGCUAAAAGGCAUGAGCUUGAGAGGCGUCACGAGCGUGCAAGACAAGAAGAGGCGGUCGAUGCACGAAGAGCGACUUCCGAGUAUGAAGGAGAAGAAUGA